AUGCAGAACUCGCUCCCUGGCCGUCACCAAUUGGAUGCCGCGGUAACAUAUUCAUCGAGCCUCAGCUUCCAGCGUCAGCAGCCGCGGGCGCAGCUGGGACAGGAGUAUGGAGUCAAAAAGGAGUACGUCGUUGGAUCCAGCAGGAGCACUAGCAGGUCCUGCUGCCGGCCGGCUCGGUUUGCGGUUAUGAAAUCUCAAGGCCAUGAUAAAUCUCGUCAUGUCGGCUCCUGCGCAGCUCAGCUCUCGUCUCGGGUAUUGCUCAAAAAGUUGGCUUUUGCCUCUCUUCCGCCUCCCUCUCUCCCUCUCUACGCCCUUCUCCUCUCCGACUUGUCUGGCUGGCCGCCUGUCUCGCCCUCCCUGCGUCGUCACCAGCUCUCCAAGCGUCUUGUUUGCCAUCCUUUCCGAGUCCGACGUGCUGCUUGA